CACCCUUGACCCUACUCGCAUCCAAAGUAAUCCAAGAUGAAAGCCUCGCUCCUCAUCGCCGCCGCCGCCUCCCUUGGCCUCACCUCAGCAGCGCCCACAUCGUCGUCACCCCUCGCCGCGCGGGCUCCCCCCAACGUGCCCAGCAAAGCCGAGGCAACCUCACAGCUCGCCGGCCUCACCGUCGCAGCCCAAGGCCCGCAAACCGGUUACUCGCGCGACCUGUUCCCCCACUGGAUCACCCAGUCCGGCACCUGCAACACGCGAGAGACAGUCCUCAAGCGCGACGGCACAAACGUCGUUACCAACAGCGCCUGCGCUUCUACCUCUGGUUCCUGGUUCAGCCCGUACGACGGAGCGACGUGGACGGCCGCUAGCGAUGUCGAUAUCGAUCAUAUGGUUCCGUUGAGCAAUGCUUGGAAGUCCGGCGCAGCAUCCUGGACCACAGCGCGCCGCCAGGCCUUCGCCAACGACCUGACCAACCCGCAGCUGCUGGCCGUGACGGACAACGUCAACCAGGCCAAGGGCGACAAGGGCCCCGAGGACUGGAAGCCCCCGCUAACGAGCUACUACUGCACUUACAGCAAGAUGUGGAUCAAGGUCAAGAGCGUAUAUGGCUUGACCAUUACGAGUGCUGAGAAGAGUGCGUUGACGAGUAUGUUGGCGACUUGCUGAGGCUGAGUUUU